AUGGCAGUAAUUUGUUGGAGAAUCUGGAUUGCAAGAAAUGAUAAGUGUUUUAACAAUUCCGAAUGGACAGUCUCAGAAGUGAAUUCCAGAGCAUUGGCACAAUUACAUGAAUUUUCAUCUGCUCAUGUGUUGAAUAAUCAAUCUUCGGCUAUAGUUAACGGAUCAACUCGGCAGGUUCAGCGGUGGAGGCUUCCACCGCCAGGAAUGAUCAAAAUAAAUUUUGAUGCGGCCUUAAGUAUUAGUAACCGUAUUGCAGCUGUUGGUUUGGUUUGUUCAUAUUCUUCAGGGUACAUCACUUAUUCUUGCUCUCAUCGUUUUCCAGGAAUAGUAUCUCCUGAAAUUGCGGAGGCACUGGGGAUGCGGCAUGCCAUUAUGAUUGCUUCUCAACUUGGUCUAAGGAAUACUAUUAUUGAAGGUGAUUGCUUAAAUGUGAUCUCUGCAGCUCAAGGCAAGAAGGAUAUUCCGUCAACAAUAGAAGUCAUAAUCUUUGAUACCGUUCGCUUAUCAUCGUCGUUCAUAUUUUGCGACUUUGCAUAUGUUAAGCGAAUGUGUAAUUGGAUGGCCUAUGAAAAUUUCAGAUAUAUAUAUUUCUUUUAUCUAAUAAGACGGAAAGUUGAAGAAGAAGAAGUUGGCGGUGCUAGCAAACUUUGCCAUUUAAAGUUUCAGGCAAAGACCGGUCAGUUUUCAGGCAAAGACCAUCCACAUUCAAGACACCAUACUCAUUAUCCAAUUGGAAGUUAUGAUUUCUCAUUUUCUUGA